CACAUCAAGCUUAGCCGACAUUGACUUUACACGUUGUAGCUUUAUUUAGCUUUAGCCAAAAUAAUUCUGUUAAUAACAAAAAUGACAGCAUUUGAAGAAAUGGGAGUUUUGCCUGAAAUUGCUAAGGCUGUCGAAGAAAUGGACUGGACUUUACCUACAGAUGUCCAGGCAGAAGCUAUUCCAAUGAUACUUGGUGGAGGUGAUGUGCUUAUGGCUGCUGAAACAGGUAGUGGCAAAACUGGUGCCUUUUGUUUACCGAUACUUCAAACAGUAUACGAAACCAUUAAAGAUCUUCGAGAAGGCAAAGGGUCAUCAAAGAAAGUGCAAAGCAGUGGCAGUGGAGGCAAAUCUGGCUGGAAAAUGAAUGUUUAUGAUAGAGGCGAUGCAAUGGCAAUAAGUGCUGACGGAUUGCUCUGCCAGUCCAGAGAUCAGCAAGGUUGGCAUGGGACAAGAAGCACUAAGGCAGUAUAUGGGAAAGGCAAAUAUUACUUCGAAGGCACUGUCACAGAUGAAGGUUUGUGCAGAAUUGGCUGGUCCACUAGCAAGGCAAAGUUGGAUCUGGGCACUGAUGCAUUUGGUUAUGGAUUUGGUGGAACAGGAAAAAAAUCUUUUGAUAAGCAAUUUGACAGCUAUGGGGAACCAUUUGGCAUUAAUGAUGUUAUUGGCUGCUUUCUAAAUCUGGAUGACUUUGAAAUCAAGUGGUCAAAAAAUGGCAUAGAGUUUGUGAAAGCAUAUGACAUUGCUGUAAACUUGAAGACUGAGGCCUUCUAUGCUGCUAUAGUCCUUAAAAAUGCUGAAAUGCAAUUCAAUUUUGGUAAUACACCAUUCAAGUUUCCUCCAAAAGGUGGCUAUAAAGCUUUAAGUCAAGCCAGUCCAGAUUGCUGUAAGGACUCGAACACUGGUGGUAAAACACAGGCUAAAUUUGUUUCAGCCCCUAAUGCACCACAGGCAAUUAUUAUUGAACCGUCAAGAGAGCUGGCAGAGCAGACUUUAACUCAAAUUCAGAAAUUCAAAAAGUAUGUUGAAAAUCCUGAAGUCAGAGAACUGCUAAUAAUUGGUGGUGUUAAUGUUAAAGAUCAGGUUGAAGUCCUUAACAAAGGUGUGGACAUUGUCGUGGCUACUCCUGGCAGAUUGGAGGAUUUAAUAUCAACAUCAAAAUUAGGUCUCCAACAAAUUCGUUUCUUUGUCUUAGAUGAAUGUGAUGGCUUGCUCUCAGCUGGUUAUGGUGAUUUGAUAAACCGCCUACAUCAGCAAAUACCUAAGGUGACAAAUGAUGGUAAACGUCUCCAAAUGGUAGUCUGCUCUGCUACCCUUCAUUCUUUUGAUGUGAAAAAAAUGGCUGAGCGUCUUAUGUAUUUUCCCACUUGGAUAGAUCUGAAAGGUCAAGAUGCUGUUCCAGAGACAGUACAUCACUCUGUCUGCAUGGUAGAUCCAGUCCUUGACACACAAUGGAAAUCUUUAAGAAAACACAUUAAAACUGAUGGUGUUCAUGAAAAAGACAAGCUUAACUUUGAGACCCAUUCUCAAGAGAUGUACUCUGAGGCUGUAAAGAUCCUAAAAGGGGAGUAUGUUAUUGCUGCUAUAGAAGAACAUAAGAUGGACGUUGCUCUGAUUUUCUGCAGAACGAAAGUAGACUGUGAUAAUCUUGAGGAGUACUUGAGACAGAGAGGUGGUGCAAAAUACUCUUGUGUGUGUCUUCAUGGUGACCGUAAACCGCAAGAACGCAAAGAAAACCUUGAAAAGUUUAAGAAACAUCAAGUGAAAUUCCUGAUCUGUACUGAUGUAGCUGCACGAGGUCUUGACAUUUCUGGGUUACCCUAUGUCAUAAAUGUUACUCUUCCAGAUGAAAAACAAAACUACAUUCACCGUAUUGGCAGAGUUGGUCGAGCUGAAAGAAUGGGUUUAGCCAUUAGCCUUGUUGCCAGUUGCAAAGAGAAGGUUUGGUACCACUCCAACUGCAACAGCAAAGGUCGUGGAUGCUACAACACCAAUCUCACCGAUCAUGGUGGAUGUUGCAUUUGGUAUAAUGAACCACAGCUUUUGAAUGAUGUGGAAGAACAUUUGGACGUCACCAUAGACAGAAUUGGCACUGAUAUGAAAGUUCCCAUCAACGAAUUUGAUGGCAAGGUCACUUAUGGAGAGCGUAGAAAAGCUGGAGGAAGCAUGUUCAAAGGACAUGUAGAGUUCCUUGCUCCCACUGUUGCUGAGCUGGCCCAGUUGGAGAAGAAAGCUCAAACUACUUUCAUUGAUCUUAAAUACAGGAAAAAGUUUGCUGCCAGAUAAAAAAAAUGUUUGCCAUUGUGUUUCCAUGAGGAAUUUUCUAAAGCCAUGUGUAACAAACUAAUUAACUGAAGUGUAUUUCUUAAUAUAAAUAGAAAUUUUCUUAUAUGUUAUGAAGUUGUUAGAAAGCAGAAGUUGUCCAGGUAAAUAUAAAUUAGUAUUAUAGGUUAUUAGCUAGGUCCAGAAUUUAUACAAUUUGUUAAAAUACCGGGUACUUAUUUUCUUCAGAAGCAAAUUGAUUUGAAAGAAAUCACUCAGGAGUGCCCAAAUUGCUGUGCCAAUUUUUCAUUAUUUAUUACAUUUGAUGAAUAACUUUUAGAUAUGUUUAUUGGAAAAAACAGUAUUACAGUACCCAUACUUAAAGUCUUCAAUUGAGCUCUUUUUCAAGUUUUUUGUUCAGUUAUUUGUAGAUUUUUAUAACAUUAAAAUUGUUUAGUCACUUCAAGCAAGUGCUGUAGAAAAGAAGUCACAGUCGUAAUCAUGUUUUAAUUAUUAUUGUUUUUGGUUUCUGAACAUUAAUCUUUAACUAGUUUAAUACAGCCAUUUAAAAAAAUUGCCAACCUUUUGUUGCUGUUGAUUCUCAGAAAGAGAAUUGAUAUAAAGCUUUUUUUUUUUAUUGAAAAUACUGUUUUGUAUUUAACAAGGCUUAUUUUGGAGUUAGCAUACAAAAUAGAAUGCUAUGAUAAUUUUGUUAGAAUGCUAUGAUAAUUUUGUUCAAUGCAAAGUCACUCUAUUCUAACAUGUUCUUUUGAUGUUCAUUUGUAUGGUAUAUUCCUUCAACCACCAGUAUAUGUUGUCGAACUGUAAUAAUUUUUUUGUUCGGACUGCUUAAGGUUUCAUUACAAUAUGCUUAGACCGAUUCAAAUUUAUUAAGUAAAAGGACCACAUAUCCAACCAGUUAGUACAAUUCUUUCUCACCACCCCCUCACCCCACUUUUUUUUUCCUUUCCCUCACAAAGUGUUAUAUUAUACAUUUUAAUAAGUUUUACAAACAAAAAAUUUGAAUUUAGAAACUAAUGUGUAACUGAUUACAAUGAAAUAUCAGUAUCCCAAAAAAAUAUGGUUGUAGUUCUUACUUUCAAGGCCAUUUAUAUUGCAAUGAAGAUCAUAGGAUUUUAAAUAAAAUUAAAUAUGCUUUGAGCUUAUUACAUUUUCUUGAGACAACAAUUUUCUCCUCCGUAAUAGAUCUGUAGUGACCUGUUAAUGCCACCAUUUCCCUUAUAACAUUUUCCCAUCUAUUUGAUUGGCAUACAUUUUUUAACCUUGUGAAAAUAACGGGUUGGCUCUCAUAAAGGGCUAUUACAGAAGCUAAUCACCAAAGCAAUUAAUCUUGUUUUAAAUCCUUAUAAAAUAUAACUUUUCUCAAAGAUUUGUUGAAAUUGUGUUUCAUUUUAAUUGUCUACUUAGCUUGAGAAAUAAAAAUCCGUACUUAGUUCUUUAAUUUAAAAAAUAAUUUUCUGUGACUUUACUUUGUUGAUGUUUAUUCAUUAACACUGUUAUAGCUAACUAUAUACUGAUAAUUGUGAUGAUUUGUUAAUAU